UCAAUCGAUGUAAUCCGGAGAUAUUGGCCACAUCAUUGGCAAUUAACAGUACUGCUAUAUUAGAUUCACACAUUGGUUUAAGCGCCGUCAGUUGAAUAACAUGUUGCAGUUACUAGUAGUGGCGCUCUUGGCAUCAGCUGCGGUGGCCGAAGAGGCAGAGCCCGCGGAAGCGGCGGCAAAAUCGGUGCCUCUGGAGGCGAAGCCGUCUGAGGAUGCCGAGCAGACUGUGAUGAAAGACGCGGAGUCUAUCCAUCGUAACCGUCAAUACCUCGACGACUAUGACCAUCACGACAAUAACAACCUUCUCUACCUCAAGGCUAAGCUUGACGGGCCUGAAAGCCAUCGUGAAGGCCCUAUCAUAGCUCGCAAUCUUCCCAAUUCUCACGAAAAGGGACACGCUAACAUUGCUGAGCAAGAUGAGAUCAUCAAGUUCACAUAUAGCCCUGCGUAUUACGAACCUAUUUGGGUUCUGGACUACAGAUUCCUAAAGUCAGGUGGCAGGAGGUACACGCGUGGACCGGGAGGACAGGUCCUUAUUCUUCCGAGGAGCUACAAGCAUCACAAGGGGGACGGCACCGGUGACUACGACCAAUUGGUCGAGUUUUGGCGCUUGAAGUUGAUUGCCGAACAAAACAAGAGGAUGCGCGAGAACGGAUUGGGUGUUCAUGCUGGACAUGGACAUGGACACCACGGAUAUGGAGAAUAUGAACAUGUUGACAUGGGAAGAGAACCAAUAUAUAGGGAAAGAGAGAAUUUGCACCGGGAAACGGGACACGGAUAUCAUUAAUGUCAAACCCACUGUACUAAUCGU